GUAUUCUCGAUCGCUUGUUUUCCUUCUCGCUGAACGGCCAGUGGAAGAACGCGGAAUAGAAGAUGCAGAUCUUCGUAAAAACCCUAACCGGCAAGACCAUCACUCUCGAGGUCGAGAGCAGCGACACCAUUGACAACGUCAAGGCCAAGAUCCAAGACAAGGAAGGAAUCCCACCGGAUCAGCAGCGUUUGAUCUUCGCCGGAAAGCAGCUUGAAGAUGGUCGUACCUUGGCCGAUUACAAUAUCCAGAAAGAAUCUACGCUUCACCUUGUUCUGAGGCUGAGAGGAGGUAUCAUUGAGCCAUCUUUGAUGGCAUUGGCUCGUAAGUACAACCAAGACAAGAUGAUCUGCCGCAAGUGCUAUGCUCGUCUCCACCCUAGGGCGGUAAACUGCAGAAAGAAGAAAUGCGGUCACAGCAACCAGCUGAGGCCUAAGAAGAAGAUCAAGUGAGCUAUAAUCCUCCACUGCCCCCUUUUUUUUUGCUUCAGCGUGUUUCUUCCCGAAUUUGUACCAAGCUUUCAGUUUGAGUUUGUGUUUGUCGUUUUAAUUGGAGACAUUAUUGUAAUGUUACAAUCUUUCCAGAGUCUGGUUUAAUGCAGUUUCGCUUACAUUGUCGCU